AUGGCCGCCACGUAUGCACGUCGGAUAGACAAAGAAGAAGAAGAAGAAGCAGAAGAAGAAGAAGAAAAAGAAGAAGAAGAAAGAAAGAAGGGGGAAAAAGCACUUGCAUCGCCUCACGUGAACAAAGGGCGAGGUUGAAGUGUUGUCUUGGCUGUGCUCGUUGAACCUUCUUUAACGUCAAGAUGUUGAAAGAGUUGGUAAGGGAGCGACUCAUUGCGGCCGCCGACGAAAUCUUCAGACUGUUCGAAAGAACGAUAGCGUCGUACGAGGAGCAACUUUGUCGGGCGAGGGAGGAGAGCGAGAGACACCGACGACAAUUGGAAGCUGAUUGCAACAAUCAAGUUGUCAUGCGCAACGAAGACGUCCAGCCGCUGAUUGGUCGUCAGGAAGAACCUUCCUUUCAGCAAAAGGCAGGGAGCUCCAGUUUGGACUGGGAUGAUGCACAGCGCCCCCAUGUUAAAGAGGAAGAGGAAGAGGAGGAGCGACAGACCUCUCGUGUUAAAGAGGAAAAGGAUCCAGAGCCACCCCACGUUAAGGAGGAAGAGGAGGGAUUUGACAUCAGCGACUUGCCACUGACCGGUGUCUCUAUGCAGAAUGAAGACGAAGCACCCGAGCUUCACCGUGACAGUCCAAGUGGUGACCACCGUGGAGGGCCACCACCGCACAACAUCUUAGCUCCACUGUCAGACAGCGACGACGACAUGGACGAACAAGCAACGGGGGCGGUGCCACCGAUGCGUCGACGCAUGUGUCGAGCUUACAGAGCGAAGCCCAGUGUUGAUGCGCCUCUCGCUUUAAGUCAAAGUCCCGUGUCCGAUACAGCUGCUGUUUUCCACAUUGCCGAGGCGCCCUGCGAAAAGACUCCAAAGUCUUUUGAAGCACAGUUCUUCCCUCCAAGCCAUUGUGAGAUGGACCCCGAAAGAAAAAGAAAGGUUUCCGCCGUGUGGGACCAUUUUGAUCUUAUAUCCUCAAUUAAGGUUAAAUGUCGCAUUUGUUCGACUGAACUCUCCUACAUAAAUAAAAGCACCUCAUCAAUGCUGAGGCAUUACAGAGCGAGGCAUGAAAAUGAGGUGGUCACAAUUACACCUAGAAUAAGCACAGCUUCCAGGAAACAUGCGUUGGACCAGGCAGUGCUCAAUUUCAUUAUCAAGGAGUCCCAACCCCUCAGCAUUGUCGAGAGUGAGGCGUUCAGGGAACUGCUUCAGGCUCUUGAGCCAUCGUAUGUUUUGCCAACCAGAAAGACUGUCAAAGAAAUGGGGCCAACAAUAUGAGGAAGAAGAACGAGUGAAAUGGGAGCACAGCAAGCUGUGGCAGUAAGUAUAGCAGCUGACGUACGGACAUCUGCGAACAUGGAGGCUUACGUUGCUGUCACCUGUCACUUCUUUGAUGAGAAUUUGAAGUUGUGUACAUCUGUGCCUGGAGUGCAACAAUUUCCACUUAGUCACACUGCUGACAUUUUGGCCCAAGUCAAAAGUGUUGACGAGCCACAGCCUGGACCUUCUUCACAACAGUUAUCGGCACCCACUUCAGGAAUAUUAUUCUGUUUCAUCAGUUUAUGUUUGCAUUUAUUUGUCUACAAAUCAUGUACUGAUUUGUAAUUGAUGACUUAAAGUAAAAUGCCCAUUUUCU